CGAAGAUGCUGAUUGUUGACGCCUCGGCCUGCCGCGCUUGACUCUGAGCUCGGAGGCGGGGUGGGGAAUCUCCUUUGGAGGACAGAAAUCGUGCAGCGGAAACUGCCCCAUGGGAAUGGAGAAGUUUUUGACUUAACACCAUUCUGCACGACGUCCUUACCGUGUGUCUGGCGUGUAAAACUUUAUUAUUCUGGUUUUAAUGGAAAUAGAUGGAUUUUUGAGGAGGCGUCGAAUGACAGCGGAGACUACAGGCGGGGAUCCCGGGGUUGCUGGUGCCUCUGCGGGCGCAGAAGUUCGUUGGCUCGGGGGCAGAUUUUGGGGAGUUUCCGAAAGUAUUGUGGGGAGUCUGACACCGCGGAUCUCAAGCGAGGCAGAGGUGCAGACUGUUGAUCUAAUCUGCGGUGCACAAGAUGCAGAAACAGAGGACUGUGGAACAGAUGAAUAUGAGGGUUUGCCACAGGGAGCCUCCACCAGCACCCACAUGUUGGCUGGAGCCGUGGCCGGAAUCAUGGAGCACUGCCUCAUGUUCCCCAUCGACUGUGUCAAGACACGGAUGCAGAGCCUCCAGCCAGACCCGGCAGCCCGUUACAGAAAUGUUAUGGACGCACUGCGACGAAUUGUAACCACAGAGGGAGUCUGGCGCCCACUGAGGGGUCUCAGUGUGACAGCGAUCGGUGCAGGACCCGCCCAUGCUCUCUAUUUUGCCAGCUAUGAGAAACUUAAACGGACUCUAAGCGAUGUGAUUCACCCGGGGGCUAACAGUCAUUUGGCUAACGGAGCAGCAGGGUGCGUGGCAACACUGCUUCAUGAUGCAGUCAUGAAUCCAGCUGAAGUCGUGAAGCAGCGAAUGCAGAUGUAUAACUCGCCAUACCGCAGCGUCUUGGACUGUGUACGCGCCGUAUGGCAGAAAGAAGGCGCAGCUGCUUUCUACCGCAGCUACACCACGCAGCUCACCAUGAACGUGCCCUUCCAGGCGCUCCACUUCAUGACCUACGAGUACCUGCAGGAGCUGCUCAACCCCCACAGACAGUACAAUCCUUCAUCGCACAUGUUCUCAGGAGCCUUGGCCGGAGCCAUUGCAGCUGCAGCCACGACACCUUUGGAUGUUUGCAAGACCCUGCUCAACACCCAGGAGUCUCUGGCCCUCACCUCUUCGUGUUCUAGCCAAGGUCAAGGAGCCCACAGACAUAUCUCAGGCCUGGCCCAUGCCUUCCAGACUGUGUACAGGUUGGGCGGCCUGAAGGGUUUCUUCAAGGGAGUGCAAGCUAGGGUCAUUUACCAGAUGCCAUCCACAGCCAUCAGCUGGUCAGUGUAUGAGUUCUUCAAGUACGGACUCACCAAACGCCAGCAUGACAAGAGGAGAAUCCACCACAAAGAGGCUGAGAUGUGAAAAGUCUGCAUUAAAUCUCAUCUGGUGUUGCUUUGUGCCUCAUUUAAGGAAAAUAAAUUGUCAAAACGCACAUGGAAUUUAACUCAAGUUCACCUCAGCUGCUUCUUUUUUAGAUGAAGAAAUUUAAACAAACAGAAAUAUUCAGAAAACAUCAGGAGUAGAUGCUUUUCUGUUCCCCCUUAGGUCUAAGUAUUGCUUUAAUCGAUUUCCCACUUCUAGAAUAAACUUCCAGUACAUCCGCUGACUUUUCUUAAAGCCAAUCUCGUAGCCAGUGUGAAGAAUCGCCACGCUUCCAGUUUCAGAGCUAGUCAGCAGAGGGCAGUAGAGUUUCUCUGUUGAAUGAAGUUGUCAUAAAAGCUCAUUAUUUUUGUCUAGAUUUGAAAAAAAUUGAUUGAUGCAUGGUUGCGGCCAUAAUAUUACACUGACAGUUAAACAGUAUAAUAGUUUUACAUCUUCAAAUGUUAAAAAUAACAGUUAAAAUGUGUUUUCCUUUUGAUUUGUGUCUACAUUAUUUUAAAUUCCUUAAUUGUUUAAUUUAUUUCUACUUCCAGUUACUUCAGAGAUGACCUCUGCUUAUUCACAUUAAUUUGAUUUUUGUUCCUGUAAUGUUCACAUUUGUCUUGUCAGGGCAGGGAAAUACUAGGAUUUCUUUUCUUUUUGUUGCCAUGAGCUGGUUUUUACUUUAACUACUGAGUUUCCACUGUUUUUUUUGCUGCAAAGUUUGGCCCCAAUAGAAUUUCAAGAAGUUCAGUGUCCCAUCAGAGAUCUUUUGUUCUCACAUGAUGACAUAAAUGUAAGCUAUCAUUUUGCUUGAUAGACGUCUGGUUGUUUUGCAGACACUGAAUUGCACUCGAUAAAUAAAGACAGAGGAGAAGAUGUCUCUUUGCUCAUAACUAA